UGGCAUCAAAAACCCAAACAUUGUGCGAGAUUCCAAGCCUCCACGCUUUGUCUUCAUCACACACACAGAAUCUUUAAAAUUGGAAAAUCAAAUCGAAAAGAUUGAAGAAGAAGAUGUUUGGAGAACUUGAGCAUGAGCUGGAACUGCACGUGCCUGCGAGUGAGGCAUGGGAUCUGUUUGGUACCCUUCGAAUUGGGCAAUUAGUUGCAAAAGAACUUCCACACCUCUUUCAAAGUGUGGAGCUUACAGAAGGAGAUGGUGGGGUUGGCACUGUCCUCAAAUUAACUUUUGCACCAGGUGUGCCUGGGCCAAGGGGGUACAAAGAGAAAUUCACGAAGAUUGAUAACGAGAAUCGCAUAAAGGAAGCAGAGGUGGUUGAAGGAGGGUACUUGGAAUUAGGGUUUACUCUAUUUAGGGUGCGUUUUGAAGUGAAAGAGAAAGGUGAAGAUUCAAGCAUAAUAAAAUCUAUUAUCGAGUAUGAAUUGAAGGAAGAGAAUGCCUCCAAUGCCUCACUUGUCUCUAUUCAGCCACUCGCAACCAUUGCUGAACUUGCCAACACUUACCUCAACAAAAACAAACCUUCCAAACAACCAAAUUAGAGUCAUCAUCAUCAUCAUUUCUUUCCAAAAAUAAUUGUCACUGAAAAUGAAGCUCAAUCUUGUGACCUUGCUUAGUUCAUCAAUAAAACUACCAAAAUUUGCAUUCUGAUUCA